AGGGAUGAGGAUUAAUUGGUUGCUCGAUAAUGAGUGAUCCAGGCCUGCCAAUUCAAUACAAUGUUUUCCCUCGCCAAUCCAUGCGUAUGUGUGGUGCGUUUUACUUCACCUCACAACAGACCACCAAAUCGCAACUUUAGGCCCAUCCAAUCCACCAUUUUUAUAUCGCCUGUAACAAAGAUCAAAGCCGUGAGUGAUGGAAAAGAGUACAGCUCCCCUGUAACCGUUACAGUUCAAGAAGAAGAUGAAGUGCAAUCAACAUCAAACAAGGAAGUUGAAGAGAGUGUAAAACUACUUAAAAAGGCUGCAAAGACUAGAAAGGUUCCUGCAACCGAGAUUCUAUCCGCCUUCAAAGUGAUUGAGAAGGCUAAACUGGAUCCUUCAAGGUUUUGUGAGACUCUUGGUGGAUCAGAAUCACCUGGCAGAACUUGGAUGCUUAUAUUUACUGCCCAGAAAGGAUUGAAAAGUGGUAAAUACUUUCCAAUUACUGCGGUUCAAAGAUUUGAUGCAGUUGCAAGGAGGAUAGAGAACGGUGUCUACCUGGGAGCUCUUGGGUGCCUAACAUUUGAAGGCAGGUUUUCAUGGAAAAAGAGAAUACUUGCCUUCAUGUUUGAGCUAAUUCGAAUAAAAAUCGGACCAUUUAACCCGUUUGAGAUAAACAUUAAAGGAGAUGAUGAAAGUGAACCAAGCACCAAGAAUCCCUUUUUCAUAUGGUUUUACAUUGACGAAGAAAUAGCCGUCGCUCGUGGCAGAAGUGGGGGCACUGCCUUCUGGUGUCGUUGCCGUCGUGUCUAGCAUCUUUACGGGGCCAAAAUAAAUGUAUAUAAUUUUACUUUAUAAGAAUAACAAUCAAUAAAGUAGCACAUGUGAGCAUGUUGAUUGUGGUUGAGAAUCUUAAUAUGCAAACACUAGUAACCUAAUUA